AGGGUGGUAUGUUCUGAUUUCAACAAUUUUUUGAAAACUGUGAUACUUUAUGAGUUAGAUUUUUUCCUUGAGACCAGCAUACAAAGAACAUAUUGCAUGUUGGUUUAGAUGAUUAUUUUCUUACUAUAGAACUUAGAAAGGAGAAAAUGUACACUGUCUUUUCAUUUGCUGUUCUUGUUCCUCUUAACCAUAGGCAGAUAAAAAUAGUUUGUGUUAAAGUUUACAAGAUUUGAGUUGCCCUCUCUUAAUAUUCACUUCAUUUCGUCCAUUUUUCCAUAGUAUGUUAUCAACUAAAAGUUCUUUCAUCUUGGAUUUAACAAUUAUCUCCAAGUGCCAUAGUCUGCAUGUGAUUGAUCCAAGAUGCAACGCAUUAGACUCUUAUCACAUUCUAGUUUCUGGAGAAUUUUAUUUUUGGCUGAAUCUCUAUUAUCUUUUAGAUCGAUAGUUUUUCCAUUUUCUUUUCUAUUGUGAGCUGUAAGACUAUUGGGAGCUAAGGGUGAUGGCUGGUUCCAAGUUGUUAUGACUAGAUUGUGUAGUUAAUUAGCUCAGCUGGAGUCCUGUUUCUAAUGAACUAGUUCUUUCCUCUGCUGAAGACAGUUGUAUGUGAUUUAUGAUCAAAUAUCAAAAAUGUAAAUAGCCAACUUGAUUUUCCAUUUUCCUGCUGGAACUUCAAGUUUUGAUUUCUUGAUGACAGUCAUAACCUUCUUUCUAUGUUUGCACUUCCCUUCAAGGUUCAUUGAUGUUGACCUUGACAAAGCAAUGCAACGGGUUUUGAAAAGGCAUAUUUCCACUGGAAAGCCCCCUGAUAUUGCUCAGUGGAGGAUAGACUACAAUGACGGACCCAAUGCAGAACUUAUCAUGAAGUCAAAGAAAAAUGCGGAUCUAGUAAUCAAGUCCAUUGACUUCUGAGGGAAAUUCCACUUCGUAUGGGAGGCAGAGGAAAGGUCAGUUGAUUGUAAUUCACUCAUUUGCAUUGAUUGAAACAUAGCACCCCCUUCAGGACUUCAUGUUGAUUUUUUUUGGGUACAUAAAUCAUGUUGGCUUAAAUAAUGGGGACAUCGAACAUGAAUAUUAUCAGAAGCGUCGCUUUGAGAACCAAAUUUCUAUCCAUAACUUCGAAAACUUUCCUGCUAAUAUGGAUCGUGGAUUAUUGCUAUAAAUGUUAUUAUGAACC